AUGUCUGCCCCCGCUCACAAGUUCAAGGUCGCUGACCUCUCUCUUGCUGCCUUUGGGCGCAAGGAGAUUGAGUUGGCUGAGAACGAAAUGCCCGGCCUCAUGGCCAUCCGCAAGAAGUAUGCUGCCGACCAGCCACUCAAGGGCGCUCGUAUCGCUGGCUGCUUGCACAUGACCAUUCAGACCGCCGUUCUGAUCGAGACGUUGGUCGCUCUCGGUGCCGAGGUCACUUGGACGUCGUGCAACAUAUUCAGCACCCAGGACCACGCUGCUGCCGCUAUUGCCGCCGCGGGCAUUCCCGUUUUCGCCUGGAAGGGCGAGACCGAGGAGGAAUACAACUGGUGUUUGGAGCAGCAGCUCUUUGCUUUUAAGGACGGCAAAAAGCUGAACCUCAUCCUGGAUGAUGGUGGCGAUCUCACCCAUCUGGUGCACACUAAGUACCCUGAUAUGCUCCAGGACUGCUAUGGCUUGUCUGAGGAGACUACUACUGGCGUUCACCAUCUUUACCGCAUGUACAAAAAAGGCGAGCUUUUGGUCCCUGCUAUCAACGUGAACGACUCCGUCACCAAGUCCAAGUUCGACAAUCUCUACGGCUGCCGCGAGUCGUUGAUUGAUGGCAUCAAGCGCGCCACCGAUGUCAUGAUUGCUGGCAAGAUUGCCGUCGUUGCUGGCUUCGGCGAUGUCGGUAAGGGCUGCGCCAUGGCUUUGCGCGGCAUGGGUGCUCGCGUUCUUGUUACCGAGAUCGACCCGAUCAAUGCCCUGCAGGCUGCUAUGGCUGGCUAUGAGGUGACCACCAUGGAAAAGGCUGCCCCGAUUGGUCAAAUCUUUGUCACCACCACCGGCUGUCGCGACAUCCUGGUUGGCAGGCACUUUGAGCAAAUGCCAAACGAUGCUAUUGUUUGCAACAUUGGCCAUUUCGACGUCGAGAUUGACGUUGCUUGGCUUAAAGCCAAUGCUGAGUCCGUCGAGAACAUCAAGCCCCAGGUCGACCGCUUCCUGCUGAAGAACGGUCGCCACAUCAUUCUGCUGGCUGAAGGCCGUCUCGUCAAUUUGGGCUGCGCCACUGGCCACAGUUCUUUUGUCAUGUCCUGCAGUUUCAGUAACCAGGUUCUUGCUCAAAUCAUGCUGUUCAAGAACAGCGAUGAGGAGUUCAAGAAAAAGUAUGUCGAGUUUGCCAAGCAUGGCAAACUCGAGAAGAAGGUCUAUGUCCUGCCCAAGAUUCUCGACGAGGAAGUUGCCCGUCUACACUUGGCUCAUGUCAAUGCGGAGCUUACUACCCUGACCCCCAUCCAGGCCGAAUAUUUGGGCCUGGACAUCGAGGGUCCUUACAAGAGCGAGCACUACCGCUACUAA